CCCGGGUUGGGGUGACCAGAACCUGUCACCAGGUUCUGUAGUCCACUACAGACUACUAGCGCGGUAAAAACGUUAUUAAAUUAGCCAUGUGGCCGGUUUUCAUUCGGAAUUCAAUUCGUUCCGACAACAGAACACUUGAACAUGACAUCCCCCUACAUCCGACUUCACAAGUGAGGAUCUGGGAUCUUCCGAGUAGCACGCGAAGGCAGCAUCAGCUCCCGGAGAGUUGACGUGAUGACGGCGGCCUGACUGCAUGUAAGCGCACCCAGCGGUACCCCGAGUCCGACCGACUCCCUGGGCAUCGCGUUGUUGUGAGAGCCGCCGGCAUAUCCUCUGUAUAUCGUGACAAUCAUUAUUAGAAUUAUCUUCUUAUCAGUCCGCCAGCAGUGUUCGGUAUGUUUUUAAACUGACUCCAACCCGCGCUGUUAAGUGUCAGUCGGCCAUAACUUUAGCCGUUAGCUCUUAGUUCAGUUAGCCGAUCCAAAAGUCUUAGCAGCACACAAGCCCGCUCAUGUCUUGUGUGGUCCUCGCCUCUAAACGGCUGACAGCACCGGCACCAGCACCGGGACCAGCACCGGGACAACGGGUAUCCUUCCCCCCCGGACGUCUGAUGGAAGGGUGAGGGGAACGAUGCUGAGAUUCCUCCACAUCCUUUUAGCAGGCCUGUUAGGUGUUCUGUGGGAUGGAGUCAACGCUUUUGGUGGGGUCAGACUGGUAGAUGGAGAGAACAACUGUUCCGGGAGAGUGGAGGUUCUCCGCCAUGAACAGUGGGGCACAGUCUGCGACCACGGCUGGGACCUCCGGGAGGCUGACGUGGUGUGCUUGGAGCUGGACUGUGGCUUGGCUGAAUCGGUCCGUCACGGUGCAGCAUUCGGUGGAGGCAGGGGAGAGAUCUUGCUGCGCCAUGUCCAGUGCACUGGGCACGAGUCCAGUUUGACACGCUGUGCCGUCGUCCUCCAUAGUAACUCCUACUGCACCCACGAGAAUGAUGCAGGGGUGAAAUGCUCAGGUACCCUUUUAACACCCACCCUCACCCUGCUGUCACCUCACACUGUGUUCUCCCCCGGGGAGGCUGUCCGCUUUCGAUGCAGUGUCCUGCGGGGCCACAACCUGAGUGACUUCCACCUGUACAAGCACGGAGUUUCCACGCCGCUGGUUACACAGAGGGCAGACAAGACCCAGACCAGGGUGGAGCUCACACUGUCCGACAUAGAGACUUUCCACCAGGGCAGCUACAGUUGUCGUUACAGGAUCAAGGGUGGUUUCCCCUCUCAGCUGCUCAGCUCUCCACCCAGCAACUCCAUCAACAUCACAGUGGUGGAACUCCUGACCCCCCAACACUGGUACAACACGUCCUCUGAGGCCCCGGCUGGUUCCGUCAUUAAGGGCCAAAGUUUUAACAUCACCUGCUCCACGCUGAAACAGUACCCUGGAGGUUCCUUCCAGCUGCGUCUGAUCCGGUCCAAUGGCACAGUGCGCCAGUCCCUGCCUGCCCUCCACCCGUCCGUGACCUUCACCUUUCCUAACGCCCAGAGCUCCAAUGAGGGCUACUAUUACUGCCUGUAUCGGGUCCAGCUGGGUGGUCGCACCUUUGUCUCCAGAGAAAGCCAGCCCCUGCCGAUAGCCAUAAGAGACCCAGAUCCAGUACUGAGUCCAAUUGUCAUCAGCUGGCUUGUGUCUGGCCUGACAUUUGUUGUAGCCGUCGUCGUUAUAGUCAUUGUGGCCAAGGUACUUUGUAACAAGGAGAAGAAGCCCUCUGAACUGGAGCGAGAGACCAGAACCUGUGUGGACAACACUUAUGUUGCCUUAUCAAUUAACAAGCUAUGACGGGGGAACACAAGCUACAGAACAACUUAAGCAGAAUCACUAGUGAGUGGAAAGUCAGAGGGCUCCCACUGUGUCCGACAUGGAUUCAGACGGCAUGCAACACUGAACUGAACCUUUGGGGGGGAAAAAGACCAACCAGAUGGACCCAGUUGAGUUCGGCCUGGAUGAGGUAGUUUUCACUGGACACUAACAUAGACCAAGAUCCUACUACAACUUUUCUUUCAUACCAAACUUCAGGCUAGUAUUACUGCAGGGAAGCAAUAGUUAUGAUUGGCUACUAAGGAUUGUUCCAUAGUGAGAUAUGACUCAAUGGCCACAGAAGACUGACAGACAGUAGAAACAGUUUUCUACUCAAAGACAGUGAUGGAAUAAUAUUGGUUCAAAUAAGACUUUAGAUUCACUCAGACCUGGCAACUGCCAUGACCCCAGAUGUAUGGAGUGGAAAAUUGAUACCAAAAGUUAAACUGGGGGAACUGAAUGAGUUCCUCAGGUCUCUGUGUAUAUGCAGCUCAAAUAAACAUUUUGUAUUUAUUACCAGGUAACACUAAUGGCAGGAUGAACUAGCUUAAUAUGCAUUUACUUCCACAGAUCAAUGAUCCUUAAAGGAUUAGAUGUUUUUUGUAUUUCAAGUCUAACCCUACUAUUCAUCUUAUGUCAUUAACAUGUACAUUACUGCACUUAAAGUGUGAAAAGUAGAAACUAGAGUUGAUUAAAAUAUUACUGUCGUAGGA